AUGCAAGCGGCAUUCUACACGACACCCUUCGCGGCGAACCCGCUCGAGACGAAGGCUGACCUGUCGCAGUUCCUCAAGGACGUCCUCGAUCCUCUCGCGUCACAUACCUCCCCUGGCGGAGCGCGCGUCCACCUCGGGUACACAGGAACACACUAUGAUGAGGCAGCUGCUCACUUGGAAGGGUGGUCGCGUCCGCUAUGGGGCUUGGCAUCUCUUCUCGCGGGUGGAGGAACCUACGAUGGCGUACAACGAUGGGUCGCUGGCUUCGAGAGCGGUACAGACCCAUCUCACGAAGAGUUUUGGGGGAACAUGCGCGACAAGGAUCAGCGUAUGGUCGAAUGUAGCGCUAUCGGCUUCUCUCUCGCUGUCGCCGGAAAGCAACUUUGGGACCCGCUAAGCAACACGGCGAAGAAGAACCUCGGAGAAUGGUUGGGUGGGAUGAAUGACAAGGAGAUGCCCAAUACGAACUGGCUUUGGUUCAGAGUCUUCGCCAAUCUAGGUCUCUCGAAGGUCGGAUCCCCUCGGGCCGACCUGACGAGGAUGAAGAAGGACCUUGACCAUCUGGACACGUUCUACAUCGGUGAUGGCUGGUCCCGCGAUGGCCCGGAGGGCGUCGUUCAGCUCGACUACUAUUCCUCCUCAUUUGCCAUUCAAUUCGCCCAGCUGGCGUACUCCAAGCUCAUGCAGGAUGAGGACCCAGAACGCUGCGAAGAGUAUAGGCAGCGCGCGAAGAAGUUCGCCUUCGACUUCGUGCACUAUUUCGACGAAGAGGGCCGUGCUAUCCCAUUCGGUCGCAGCAUGACCUACCGGGCCGCCAUGUCCUCGUUCUGGGGCGCGCUUGCAUUCGCUGACCUCGAGCUUCCUGCACCCUUGACCUGGGGCGUUAUAAAAGGUCUCCAGCUUCGGAACCUGCGCUUCUGGGCGCGACAGCCUGGUGCGUGGGCUUCCGAUGGGACCAUGACCAUUGGCUUCGGUUAUCCCAACAUCAACAUCACCGAGAACUACAACUCUCCAGGCUCACCCUACUGGUUCUGCAAAGCCUUCGUUGCCCUCUCCUUGCCAGACAACCACCCCUUCUGGGCGACACCCGAGGAACCCUACCCGGAGGCCCUGCGCAACACCGUCGCCCCGCUCGAAAAGCCCCUCCACAUCGCCACUAACCUCGGCGGGCACACCUACAUCCUCUCCUCCGGCCAGCAGUGCUCCUACCCCGUCAAGCAAAGCGCCGCCAAAUACGGCAAGUUCGCCUACUCCUCUGCUUUCGGGUACAGCGUGCCCACGGGCGACCUCACGCUCGAGGAGCACGCCGCGGACAACAUGCUCGCGCUGAGCGACGACGGCGGGGAGACGUGGAAGUGCCGCAUCAAGACGCGCGAGACACGCAUCGAGGGCGGGCGCUGGCUGAGGAGCAUGUGGUACCCGUGGCCGGGGGUGGAGGUGGAGACGUGGCUGGUGCCGCCGACGGGGGAGGCGCCGCUGUGGCAUCUGCGCGUGCAUAGGGUGAAGACGGAUCGGGCGCUGAAGACGGCGGAGGCGGGCUUUGCGAUCUAUGGGCAGCGGAAGGAUGGUCGAGCGCUAGAUCCGGCGCAGGGGGAGGACUUUGGAUACCUAGAAGCAACGGGGGAGAGCCGAGCGGCGUCGAAGGCGGGAGUGGCGGGAGUUGUCGAUCUCGCAUCCUCGGGGCGCGAAGGCAAGGCCAUCCGAACCGACGCCAACUCCAACCUAUACGUGCCCCGCGCUAUUAUGCCCACCCUGUUGCAGGAGUACCAGGCGAGCGACAAGAGCUACUGGCUGGUCACCGGAAUCUUCGCCAUCCCGAGCAUAGGAGAUGAGGAGGGCGCAAGGAGCGGCUGGACGAAGGAAUGGGAGAAACGCCCAUCGGUGCCAGAAGAUAUAAAGAAGCUGAUGGUCUGA